CGCAUUGACAUUGACAUGUUCUCAGUAACCUAACCUAACUUUUACACCUGCUUUUUACUAAAAUGGGUAACAAAUUCCUGCUUUUGCAUUCCACUUUGUCAGGUACAAGGUAACCUGUAUCAUUUAAUUGGUUUUAGUCAAGAUGGCAUCAAUUUUAGCCAUGACCACUAUCAAAACAAAACUAGGUAAUAUUUUAAGCAAAGCAUUUAGUAGUAAAUACUUGUUAUUAACCAAUCUUGGGCUAUCUGUCUCCCUAUCAGCUGCAGGAGAUAUAAUAGAACAGAAAUACGAAAUCAUGGCAAAAGAGAUAGAAGAAAUGAGCAUUGAAAGGACCAAAAAUUUAUCUGUAGCAGGGUUAACUGUAGGUUUUGUUUGUCACUAUUGGUACAAACAUCUAGAGAAGUUUUUACCAGGUUACACGUUUCGGAUAGUAUGUAAAAAAGUUAUAUUAGACCAAAUUAUUGCAUCGCCUGUAUGUAUUGCAACAUUCUUUGCGACCAUGGGUUACCUGGAGGGUAAAAGUAAAACAGAAUUUUUAGAAGAAACCAAAGAGAAAUCAGUCAAAUUGUAUGUUGCAGAUUGGAUGAUCUGGCCUCCAGCACAGUUUGUCAACUUUUACUUAUUGCCUUAUCAGUAUAGAAUCUUGUUUGACAAUGCCAUAUCAUUAGGAUUUGAUGUGUACACCUCAAGAGUUAAAAACAUGACACUCUGAAACAUUCAAAAUAUAAUCUUGCAUUUCUGUAAAAUUCCUAUUUAUAGUUAACUAAGCACCUGUGAUAUUUCUGAAAACAUUGUAACUUAGAUUUGAUACAAAACAUAUUUUUCAAAUUAAAA